GGGAUCCUGGGACUGGGCCUUUCCGGAAGGAUCGGCUCGGCGUCCUGCGCUGAUCCUGUGUUCCAGGCUGAGGCGACAGGCCCAGGCCGCGUUCCAGGCCCUGGCUCGGAGACUGGCCGCUGGCCGUGGCGACGGGCCGGCGACGCAGCGAAGGGCGCAGCCGGGCGCCGAGGCGUGUCCGGCGUCGCCGGUGAGCGAGCCGCAGAGCGGCAGGACGUGGCGGCGCCUCCCCCGCGGCGGCGAGCGGAUCUGCUGGAGGAGCGGCGGCGCAGGCCGGACGAGGUGAACCGGGUCAUUUCCCUGCCUUCGGGUGAUGAAUCAUCAGCCCGAGAGUUAGCUUUGAGGUCCACAGCCUUUUGUGGUCCAGCUGCUGAACGGUGUGCAGAGGGCGACGGCCCUGCUGUGUCCUGAGGGGCGCCGCGGUGACCGCCGGCCCUCGGUCAGGGAAGUGAGCGCCCUCGUACCAGAGGAAGGCUUUCACAUGAAAGUGUCCCUCGGUAACGGCGACAUGGGCGUCUCUGCCCAUCUGCAGCCUGGCAAGGCAGGAACCACGCGUUUCUUUACCAGCAAUACUCAUAGUUCUGUGGUUCUGCAAGGCUUCGAUCAGCUAAGAAUAGAAGGAUUGCUUUGUGAUGUGACUCUGGUCCCGGGCGAUGGAGAUGAAAUCUUCCCCGUUCACAGAGCCAUGAUGGCGUCUGCUAGUGAUUAUUUCAAGGCUAUGUUCACAGGUGGAAUGAAAGAGCAAGAUUUGAUGUGCAUUAAGCUUCAUGGGGUGAACAAGGUUGGUCUGAAGAAGAUCAUUGAUUUUAUCUAUACUGCAAAGCUGUCUCUUAACAUGGACAAUCUUCAGGACACCCUUGAAGCCGCUAGCUUUCUGCAGAUCUUACCUGUUUUGGAUUUCUGCAAAGUCUUUCUCAUAUCAGGAGUCUCAUUAGAUAACUGUGUGGAGGUUGGACGAAUUGCUAACACCUACAAUCUCAUAGAAGUGGAUAAAUAUGUGAAUAAUUUCAUCCUGAAGAACUUCCCUGCGUUACUGAGUACUGGAGAGUUUCUCAAACUCCCUUUUGAGCGGCUUGCCUUUGUGCUCUCCAGUAACAGUCUGAAGCACUGUACUGAACUUGAACUCUUCAAGGCCGCUUGUCGCUGGCUAAGGCUGGAAGAUCCUCGGAUGGAUUAUGCUGCAAAAUUAAUGAAGAAUAUUCGAUUUCCACUGAUGACCCCACAGGACCUCAUCAAUUACGUGCAGACUGUAGAUUUCAUGAGAACAGACAACACCUGUGUGAAUCUGCUUUUGGAGGCGAGCAAUUACCAAAUGAUGCCCUAUAUGCAGCCAGUGAUGCAAACAGACAGAACUGCCAUCCGAUCCGACUCUACUCACUUGGUUACCUUAGGGGGAGUUUUGAGGCAGCAGCUGGUCGUCAGUAAAGAGUUACGGAUGUACGAUGAAAGGGCACAGGAGUGGAGAUCUUUAGCCCCCAUGGAUGCCCCUCGGUACCAGCAUGGCAUUGCUGUCAUCGGAAAUUUCCUUUAUGUGGUUGGUGGUCAAAGUAAUUACGAUACGAAAGGAAAAACUGCCGUGGACACAGUGUUCAGAUUUGAUCCUCGGUAUAAUAAAUGGAUGCAAGUUGCAUCGUUAAAUGAAAAGCGCACGUUCUUCCACUUGAGCGCUCUCAAAGGACACUUGUACGCAGUUGGUGGCCGCAGUGCAGCCGGCGAGCUGGCCACAGUAGAAUGUUACAACCCAAGAAUGAAUGAGUGGAGCUAUGUUGCAAAAAUGAGUGAGCCCCACUAUGGCCAUGCCGGAACAGUGUAUGGAGGCUUAAUGUACAUUUCCGGAGGAAUCACGCAUGACACUUUCCAAAACGAGCUCAUGUGCUUUGACCCAGAUACUGACAAGUGGACUCAGAAGGCGCCGAUGACCACCGUCAGAGGCUUGCAUUGCAUGUGUACGGUUGGAGACAAGCUGUAUGUCAUCGGAGGCAAUCACUUCAGAGGAACGAGUGAUUAUGAUGACGUCCUAAGCUGCGAAUACUACUCACCGACUCUUGACCAGUGGACACCAAUUGCUGCCAUGUUGAGGGGCCAAAGUGAUGUUGGAGUUGCUGUCUUUGAAAACAAAAUCUAUGUCGUUGGUGGAUAUUCUUGGAACAAUCGUUGUAUGGUGGAAAUAGUCCAGAAAUAUGACCCUGAAAAAGAUGAGUGGCAUAAAGUUUUUGACCUUCCAGAGUCACUGGGUGGCAUUCGCGCUUGUACCCUCACGGUUUUUCCCCCUGAAGAAAACCCUGGCUCGCCUUCUCGGGAGUCGCCUCUUUCAGCACCUUCAGAUCAUUCUUAGCCCUAACGUGUAAUAUCCUUGCCGUGCAUCAUGGAUAAGCACCUAUUUCCCCUUCAGUUGUAUCUGCUUACAGUGAUUGGUAGUUGUUAGAUAAAAAGGUAAUGUUAUUUGUCUUGCUUGGCUUAGUGUGUUUAUCUAAUGGUUAACAAAUGCAUUCUGAAAAUGUAUUCCACAUAGCCAACUGUUAACACGUGAAAGAAGUUAUGUAGAACAAUGUUUCAAUUAGAUGUCUUUUGUGGUGUUGUGUAAGUCAAAUUGUAGGUGACUGUAGUAAGUGUGUAAUUAUGUUCAAAUCCUUCCAAGUUUUCAUCUUUGAAAAUCAUCAAAGGGAGGUUUGCUCUAACUAAAAAUAAUAAAUGGAAGGUCACCAAUUCUUGGCCACCUCCCUCUUUUCAAGAGUUUUUAAUAUAUCAACUCAUUAGGUUUUGUGGCUGCAUACAGAAUAUGUGACGUUUCUUAGGCAGAUAGGGGAAAUAGCAAGAUAUUAAUCAGAGAAACCAGUGUAGCCCUAAGUCAGUGCUUGUUUUCUCCCCUGGAGACACAGAAUGAGUGAAAGAAAAUAUAUGCAUGCCUUAUAAAAAUAUACACACUGAUAAUUCUAAAAUUAAUUGGCACUUUAGCCACAAUAACAUUGUUCUUAAAUUUGAAUUUAUUUUCCACAAAUCAGCUAUUUAAGUGGAAAUUUAGUAUCAAAAUAAAAAUCUGUUUAGUCAUACUGAAUUUAGAUAGGUACAUUUUACAACAUAUUAAAUUGGCAACCAUAUUUGCCAUCUGGCUGAAUUUGGCUAUAAAUUGUGGAGCUUAAAUUUUUGUGCUCGUAUAUUUUCUUGUAUAUUUGUUUUCUUUAGAGUUGCUUUUAUAAACAUUAUUUUGGAAAGUUCAUAGAAUUUGCUUUUUUUUUGCUGUAUAUGUGCUGCUGAAGCGAGCACGAUGGCUUUUUUUUUUUUCUUUCUUCCUUCCUUUUCAGUAAGGCUUAGGAUAUGACCAAAAAAAGCACAGAAAAACAUUCUGAAUGAAACUACGGGAUUUGAAGUUCAGUCACUGUGCCAGGGUUAUUUCCGGAUUGGGUGAUUGCCCUUGGUGCCACACCAGCCCAUGUGCAUCAUGAACUGUGUGGUCUGCCUUAAGGUUAUGAUCUGAGCAAGCAGUAGAUACACUCUUUUGUAUCAAAACAAACAAAAAAAUGUCCUUUUGGCCACAUCUCAAGGACAGGACCAACUUCAGAUUCCCUCGGAAGCCAUCUGUAGAAAGGGCAAAGCACGGUUGUCCUGCAGAUGGUGCUAAAGUAGAUAUGCAGCUUGUUGUGUAUCAGUGCUAAUCUCUGCUGCUUGAGAAUUACAUGGGGGAGGUUCUCCUGGGACCUUGUCAGCAAAAGGAGUUGUAGAAGUCUUCUGUAAUAAUGAGUGAUUCUGAGGAGAUGGUUUCUGGGAAAAGUUGUUUACCUUGAAAAAAAGACAUUUUAUAUAUACAUAUAGGCUUUUAUAUGUAUAUCCCUCUACCUGGUGGACUGUCAUAAAUCAGGAACAGCUCUAGUGUCAAUCUCAUAAAUAAACUCAGGAACCAAGGUAAAAGGAAUUGGCUUCCAGGGAUCUGAACUUUACUAACUGCCUGUACAAGUAUUGAUUCGUUUUAAUGGUUUCUAUGUUUUCUAAGUUUCAUACUAUUUUUUUUUAAGGACUCAGUUUUUUAUCACUAAAAGUAGCAUAUUUGGCAUAUAUUUAGAAGAUAGAAAAAUAUAGAAAUUGCUGUUAACUAUGUAUUGAAUAGGCAAGAAAUGGCAUCUUAAUCUUUAUUUUUUUUGGAAAUGAGAUUGAAUAGUUGUGUAUUUCUGGUAGCUGUGUUUUAUGUUAGGUCAAAUGUUCCUGUCCUUUGCCCUUGUGAUAACUAUUGCAAUUGCAUUGUUUUUCAUACCAAAUUCUUCAACUUCUUUACAUAAUAAAUAUAAUUUAACUGGCA